AUGUCUACCACAAGCACAUGCGAUCUAGACGGGUUCAUUCCAGUAUCGAAUGCCCGUCGACCAUGUAACAAAACUACACACAUUCGUCAAGAUAAGGACAACUGGCAAGAUGGCGAUAUUGCGUUCCUUAGGCCACAUUACGAGUUUCCUAAGGCAGUAUAUAACGCCUUAAUCAACACCAAUUACUUACAUCGAAAGGCGACAAACCACCCAGUAAUAAUCUUGGAACACUCCAUGGAUUCAAGGUUCUACUUGGUUACCACUAUCUCGGCAUACAACUCUGGACCAGAAAAUGAUUACCUUCCGCCAUGGAGACAGCCACACCACCGCAACAAAUACCGCUAUGACUUCCGUGCAUUUAAGGGCUCAGUCAGACCCGAUAAUAGACGCGACUUCCUUCGACUUGAGGGGAAGGAUCCUCUACCAAAGCCGAAAACAUCAUGGGUCUAUACUCGCAGCGCAUUUGUGGUUCCAUCGUCGAUACUUAGAGAGUUCGACAAGUUCCAAGGAGUACCACGAAUGACUCAAAAGAGCCUUAACGACCUUCUUGACCAUUUCAGGGAGGACGAAAACUUCGAAUACCGCUGGACCAAUCCUAAGGUUCUUAAAGUCCUUCGAUCUAAACCGAACAACCUCUCGAUAAAUUCUAAGCCAGGAGUUCUAACACCAUUCACACCAUCCACGAUCAAUUUAACCAGGAUAUCAAACUUUGAUUCAAAAAAUACUUCCAGAACCACUCACGAAGCGCCACUGUGGAGCGUCAUUGCAAGCAACCCCCCAUAUUUGAAAGCUGAAAGAGGAAUGGGCGCGUUAGGCUACUGCUACCCUCAUCAUAUCUACUUCAGCUGAAUUCCGGUAAUAUUAGACAGCUUUCCGCCUGUCCAACCAUAUACGAAAAAAUUAUACCCAUAACUUCGACAUUUCCCAGGAGAAUAAGUCGACACCCUGAAAGGGACACGAAACAUACCAUUUGAACUGGUCCCGCCACUAGAUCUGCUAUACUAUAUCCAAGCGAAGGAUAAUCAUCUGCCAGACAUUCGAAGACGACUAAGCGACGAAAAAGAAUCAAUGCGAAAUUCCCCACAAACAUGAACACUAGUUGGCCUACGUCCGAUGAAGCGUGAGCAAGUUCACCAAAUGGCGC